AUGUCCUUCGCACCCGCCGGGGGUAAUCGCAACUCCAAGAACCUCCCUUUCAACUCAGACGGCGAACGUGAAUGGAGCAAUGGCAUCUGUGGCUGCUUCGACUCCUUCGGCACCGCCUGCUUGGCAUGCUGGUGCCCAUGCAUCGUCUACUCGCGUAACAAAUCGCGAGUAGAAUACCUCGAGAAGAAGGGCGUCGCGCACCCGGACGGGGGUGAUUCUUGCACGGGCGAUUGUUGUUGCUACAGUGCCCUUGGAAUGUUCGGGUUUGGAUGGGUCCUUCAGACGGGUACGCGUGCAGCCAUCCGGGCCCGGUACCGUAUCAGCGGUGGCGGGUGUGGCGAUUGCUGCACGGUAUGGUGCUGUACCUGCUGCGAGCUCACGCAAGAGUCGCAGGAGCUUGAGUUGGAGGAGCAGAGUCUCAUGCACCAUUAG